AUGGGGCGCGAUUCGUCUUUGUUUAGGCACCUAUCUCAAGUGGAUUUCGAGGAAAUCCGACUGAAAGGUACGUCCGAGGCAAAGGAGGUUAUUGACCGGGUAGUCAAAACCGAUCUGGAAUAUUUUCUUGGCGGUCCUCAUGUUCUCUACAAAGAUGCGGUCGAGGAAUUUUUCAAGACCGCAACUAUCUCCGAUGACAAAAUCACCGCAAAUGUAUGCGGUACUGAAAUAGAGCUCACCGAGGCAUUGGUGGCAAAGAGCCUGCGCCUUCCAACAACCGGCCAGGAUGCAACGGCGGACAUCGAGAUUAAGACUUUUGAGGCGGCAUGCCAGAUACUCUCGGCAACUAAGGAGCCGAUAAAGCCGGCCCCCGGUUCCCGAAAGAAGAAAGCCGCCAAGAAAGCGGUCCCGACAAAAGAAAAGGCCGAAAGCAAAGGAAAAGAGAAAGUCACUUUCUCGGAACCGCCGCAGCAAACUGAGGAUGAAGAGUCGGCUUCCAAUUCUGAAAGAACCGAUACAGAAAGGACCGAUGAUGAAAGAUCGACCAAUGAAGAAGAGCAUUCGGGCCAGAGCCCCAAUAAUGCCGGACCCGACGCCAACCCUGAGACCACCGAGGGUAGUGAAGAGGGUGGUGAAGAUGCCGGUGAUGAAGGCGGCGACAAAGAUAAUGAGGAGGCCGAAGAAGCAGAGGCCGAUAGGAUAUCUCUGAAACUCCUUCAGGGCGCCAAAAAGCGAGCCGAGUCGAUUGAGGAGUUAUACCUGGAAUGGCACGAGCACCGGUUCGGCAAGCCGUAUAGCCAAAUCCUACCGGGCUACACAGACGUGGAAUGCAUUCAAAGACUGAAGGAAGUGGAGGACUUGAUCAUGAAUCUCACAAAAUCCAACACAAUUGAAGAGAUUACGGAGGAGUUCGAAGAGGUGGGACCUGAAGACACCUUAACACCGCGGGUGUUAGAAAUGCUUGAAAAAGCCAAAGGAGACCUCAUUCAAGAAAUUGACCGGCUAGAGGCAAUAUACAGUCAAAGGGAAAUACCGGUCUAUACAGCUCCCCGGAUUGAAACGAGUCUGGAUCACUGUCCAACACCUCCAAGGGAGAAUGCGGCAUCAAAAGAAUCCGAUGAAAGAGCGGAUCCUAAUCUCACCGGGCAAUCUCCACCUACACAACCGGAAGUCUUCGAAUCAGACUUCACAAAGGAAUGGGUUGAGGGCCGUCUUCAAAGGUUUGAAGCUUCAACAACAGAACGGAUUGAUAGCAGUAUUCAAGAGUUUGAAGACUCCGCGGUUCAGCCAUUCAAGGACAGAUUCCAAAGAAUCGUUUGCUCGGCACUCAAGUUCGCCGACACCACAAGGUAUCUCUUGAACAAUACUCGGGACCGGCUCUCAGAAAUCGACGAAGAUCAACAGGAAGAGGCGGCUCUGCGCAGUAAAUAUUUUAAGCGAACCGUAAUUUUGGAGGAUACGACCUCCGAGUUAAAGGAAGACUUUGGCCGGCUUGAAAGAGAGACCGAUCAACGAUUGACAACGAUGGCUGAUGAUCUGGUCGGCACAACACUCGAACGGGUAUCCGAACUUGAAAAGAAGAAUGCCGGUCUCGAGGACGAACUCAAGGCGCUUUCCGCUCAAGAUGAGCUGGACGCCGAAGCAAGUAAAGAGAAAGAAGCACCGCGAUCAUCCCAACUUACCGAAGAAGAAGAGGAAGCCGAGCGACUUCGACAGUCAGAGGCUAAGUUCCCGGGACUUACAAAGAAAGUAGUCGCUCAAGCUGCGAAGGAUGCUGCGCGGUUGGAAAGAGAAAGAUGGAGGCAGGAAAGUUUCGCAGAAGACAACAAGAAGAAAAAGGCGGCCUCCUCCGUUUCAGCGCCGAAAAAGCGAAAGAGGGAACCCUCAAAGAAAGUUCAAAUAGCCGACCUGCUCAAUGAGGUCACUGAAACGGUCAUUUCGAGUAUACCGCAGUAG